AGACUGCAGAUUGACCCUUUUCUCGCUGACACCGGUAGUGACGCAAAAAUGGCGUCCUCCGCUGCCCGGCUCUCUACACGCUGGUUAGCAGCAUCGGUUACCUCUGGGCGUCGUAGCGUGUGUUUUCUGUCUGUCUCCACCAGACAUGCAGGAGUUUGUUCAACGAGUGUAUUGCCGACGCACUGGGGAGGGACAGGAGUUAACCUGAGCGCCGGGACGCACGGAAAUGCCGUGACAUUGAGAGGACUGACAGGCACGAGAUGUCCCCGGGGCAUUGCCUGCCACUCUUUUCACACCAGCAGCAGGUUGGCAAACAAGCCGGAUUUCUAUGGAGUCUUGGGUGUCUCCCGCACUGCCACACAAAAGGACAUCAAGAAGGCUUACUACCAGUUAGCAAAGAAGUACCACCCGGACACCAACCCAGAUGACCCAGAGGCUAAAGAGAAGUUUGCCAAGCUGGCUGAAGCCUACGAGGUGCUGAGUGACGAGGUGAAGAGGAAGCAGUAUGACACAUAUGGCGCGGCAGGCUUCGACCCAAACCGUGCUGGGGCGGGACAGCAGCAGUACUACAGGGCCGGGGGGACUAGUAUAGACCCCGAGGAGCUCUUCAGGAAGAUAUUUGGAGAGUUUACUGGCGGAAUGGGCUUCGGAGACAUCCACAACAUAUUUGAACAAAGACCCGAGUUUGUGAUGGAGCUUACGUUUACAGAGGCAGCAAAGGGCGUGAAUAAGGAGCUGAGUGUGAACAUUGAUGACGCCUGCCCGAGGUGUGAUGGAAAGGGCAGCGAGCCGGGCACCAAGGUGUCUCAGUGUCACUACUGUAACGGCACCGGCAUGGAGUCAAUCAACACGGGUCCUUUCAUGAUGCGGAGCACCUGCCGACGCUGUGGUGGGAAGGGAUCAAUCAUAACCACGCCCUGCGCACUGUGCCGAGGUUCAGGCCAGACCAAAAAGAGGCAGAAGGUCACUGUUCCAGUUCCUGCUGGAGUGGAAGAUGGUCAGACAGUGCGAAUGUCAGUGGGGAAAAGAGAAAUCCUCAUAACAUUCAGGGUCCAGAGAAGCCCAGUGUUCAGGCGCAAUGGAGUAAACAUCCAUUCAGAUGUGUUGAUCUCUAUAGCUCAGGCCAUCCUGGGGGGCACAGCUACAACUCAGGGCCUCUAUGAAACCAUCAGUAUAGUGAUCCCUCCAAGUUGCCAGGCUGAUCAGGUGAUUCGGCUGCAGGGGAAAGGCAUUCGGAGGAUGAAUAGCUACAGCUAUGGAGAUCACUACAUCCACAUCAAGAUCAGAGUUCCAAAGAAGUUGACUCGAAAGCAGCGUUCUCUGUUGCUGACUUAUGCUGAAGAGGAGACUGAUGUUCAGGGGACAGUCAAUGGUGUCGAUCCUUCUGCAGGGCGCAGCAGCACUUCAGGUUCUGGUGCGAAGUCGACCAGCUCAGAGGAGGGUCAGGACAAGCAGCAGGAGGAAGAGCGAGGCUUCUUCUCUAAACUAAAGAAAUUGUUUAACUGACACUCAAGCUGCAGAUGGAAAACCUAAACAAGGAAAAAAAGACAUCGACUGACCGAGCCUCCGUGCUGUUUCCUGCGGCUUUGGAGAUUGAGCAAGGAGGAGGCAGAGAGAGGCUGAGUGGUAUUUGUGUUGACACAGGCACACAUUGUUGAAGCUGCGGUUGGCAAACAGGCCACAUAGAUGCCAGGUCCACCCACACACCCCCUGGCCCAUCACCACAGACAGGUGCUGAGCCGAGGAACUUGAGAACUGCUGGAAGAAGAACAAGAUGGCGACCACACAGGACUAUUGUGGGACAACUCUCCUCCCUGGAUUCUGUGUUUGAAACUGCGCUGCUCACUGAGUCACAAAGUGCUCUACAGACACUCUAAUCAAAGUAAGAUGAACCGGAAAAAUGGCAGACAAGAAAUAAAGGUCAACUUGAAAAAAAUUUAAAUAGGGGCGUGUGACCACCCACUGAGCUUAACUGAUUUUAUUGUACCACCAACAUUUCAACUACACUUGGACUUUUGAGGCAUAGCUGAAUUGUUGGUGAGCUUCCUAUGCAGUCAUUCUCUCAUCUGAAUAGGACACUGCUAUGACCAGCACCUAAUUUUUAGUGUGCAGUCACACUACAAGUCAGUUAAAAGAAUAAAACACACACACACACCGAUAAUUGCCCUGUGACCCUGCACAGAUUAUACGGUUAUUAUACGGCCGGAUGUAUAGUGAUCAUUUGGUAAGUAACACAGUUGUUUUUUUGGAAGUUAGACAGUUUUUCUUUACUCAAGCCUAAGAUCCUAAGCUUUUAAUGGGAGGAUAUUUCAAUGUUACAGCAGGAAAUAAAAAUGGGUAGAGAAAGGAAAUUUGUAACUGUCUCAAUCAAAAUUAGUUGUACUAAUGUUGUACCUGUAUGUGGCAACAAAUCUCACAAAUUAUUUUUAACUAAGAUUUAACAUUUACAUUGUCAUACUAAAAGUCAACAGUAGAUGGUAGUGCGAGUCAGAAAUGUCUUGACUUUCUUCAAAACUUAAACUCCAGCCCUCUGUCUGUUUGGUGUUCAGCCAGCCUCUUUAUAGCCAUGUGCAGCGUCUGAACAGAAGCAUUUGUGAGGUUCAUCGAGAACAUUUUACUACAGACCGGGGUUUUCCAACUGUGCUCAGACUCACAGUGGUCAGUCUUUACAGACAGGACUUGUGGUUUGUCCCAGGGGACAGUUAUGAUUCAACAUGAGGUCGCACUUACAUGUAGAACGAGCCGGUUGCUGUGUUUAGCAAACAACCUCCACAGAAUGUUGUCUGUUCUCCUUAACAUGUGGUCUGUACAUGCCAAAAAGCAAUAUAGUAGAUGACUGUGCUUCUCAGUAAAAUAUUGGUGCUUAAAGGA